AUGAUGGAGUCGACGGCAAUCAGUGCGGAGUCAUUGACGAGUGGCUUCAGCCCAUCUGCGGUCCGCACACUGACAGGACUGACGGCAGGACAGGCAUCAGCGGCACAACAGAUGUCUCAGUACCAGCACCACCACCACAGCUCCCAGUGCUCGCCCUACUCCGGCUUGUUUAACGUGUCGUCCGUAUUAGCCGAGCACUUGAAUGCCACGCGCGUGGGCUCGGCGUUUGGCAUCAGUCCCGCGGCAGCUAUGCUCCACAGCCACCACCAUCGCAUACCAGCGCCCGACCCCACGCACCACCAGUCCCACCAUCAGUCCAUGUUGUCGUCGCUGACCGAAGGUAUGACACCAUUAAAUGCCAACGUAUUGGCUGCGGCCAUGAGCGCCGACCUCAGUUCACCCGCGCCCAGUACUGAUGGGGACAGUAAUGGUGACCACUACCACACCGAGGAUAGUAUCACCUCAGCUCCCGAAGACAAUAAGUUGUUUACCCUAAAGCGUGCCAUUCAAGCACAGGCUCAUUAUGUGGGCGCCGGCGGUAAGGGAUUGGAUCCGUCUUUCGCCGCCAAAGAGCAGGAAAAUAGUCUAAUGAAUGGCAAUAAAAACAGAUGUAAUGCCUCGCCUAAGAAGCACCGACUCGGCAAAACUCACAUCCGACUCAACAUAAACGCGAGGGAAAGACGUCGUAUGCAUGACCUGAACGACGCGUUGGAUGAGCUGCGGACAGUCAUACCGUACGCCCACUCGCCGUCUGUCCGCAAAUUGUCUAAAAUCGCAACUUUAUUGUUGGCCAAGAAUUAUAUACUAAUGCAGGGUAACGCAUUGGAGGAACUCCGGAGAAUAAUCGUAUACAUGAAUCAGUCGGGCGUACCGAUGCCACCGGGUAUGGCAGCCACCUGUACAGCGGCGGCAUCCCUGCCCUCAUUGCACGCGCACUUCAGCCAAGAAUUGCAUGCAAUGACUGCACAAUCCAUUGCCAACCUUAACAAUAACACGACCGCCAACUACGCUAACAGCCCACCGCCGCCCCCACACCCCCCGCCUAACUCCAUGUCCAACAUGAAUAGCAACGGCACUCAUGUGUCGGAAAUGAUGGAGAAGUCGUCAACGAAUCAUAAGCUGAUGCCGUCGUCAGCCCUCAACUGUUCCCAAUGUGUGGAUAAAUGAGCGGUUAAGAGCACCGAUUAUCAUCAAAUGUACAGACAGUUUGGACAAACACCUAAAGAUUUUUUCCGAUAGCGUUGACAAUACAAUCAAUAUUGAAGCAGUG